ACGAGAACAGUGACUGUGAAAAAGAGCCUGAAGUGGCCAGCAGAGCAGCUCCGAGCCGCCGACUGCCGUUAACUCGUAAAGAAUAAGCAGGGAGGGCGCGUAGGAUCCGCGAACAGGAGCGGCAAUCCAACUCAGUUGGGGACCACAGGCGCAGGCUAGCCGGCAACUGAAAAAACACGAGUGGCUAACUCAGUAUCCACGCUCACUUAUUGUGCUUUUAUAAUCUGAGGAUUAGGCUGCACUCUAUACAGUGCGCGAUCUUCUAGGGAAGGGGGUGAUGCUUUAUUAAACUGAACCCCGGUUUUUCUCAUCUGCGGGACCCCCUGUUUUCUGCACAUGUUCGGGGAUCUGUGUGUCUCUGCUUUCCCGUGACUUGUCCCCCAGAUCGGGAAGCCAGUGCCAGAAAGUCGCUCCAGCUUCUCUUGCGUGGAUUUGAUGCUUAUCCCGUGGAUUAUGGCUCCCAGCCGGAGGGGAUCCUGCUGCCGCUGCUAUCCCUGUUGGCCCCUAACCAUCAGCCUGGUGAUUUCAGUCUUCCAAGGUGUACAUUCUCAGACGGUCCUGGUGAAUGACUCGAUUUCGGGAUACAUUGGUUCUGAUGUCAUCCUUCACUGUAGCUUCAUCAAUCCUCUACCCAGUGUAAAGAUCACUCAGGUCACGUGGCAAAAGUCCACCAAUGGAUCUAAACAGAAUGUGGCUAUUUACAACCCUGCCAUGGGGGUAUCCAUCCUCCCUCCUUAUAAGGGACGAGUUGACUUCCAGAAUCCAUCAUUUCGAGAUGGUACUAUCCAGCUGAAUCGUCUGCAGUUAGAGGAUGAGGGCGCAUACAUCUGUGAAUUUGCAACGUUUCCCGCUGGGAACAAGGAGAGUCAACUUAACCUUACAGUACUAGCCAAACCAACCAAUCAGAUGGAAGGGACUUCAAAACAAUUGGUUGCAGUUCCUAGAUCAAAGGAGAAGGUAGUCGUUGCAACCUGCACUUCAGCAAAUGGGAAGCCCCCAAGCAGUUUGAGCUGGGAGACCAAGCUGAAUGGAGAGGCAGAAUUUCAGGAGAUAAAAAAUGAAAAUGGCACUGUGACGGUGAUCAGCCGCUACAGGUUGGUUCCAACCCGAGAGGCCCACAGACAGCCGCUGACAUGUGUCAUUAACUACCUGAUGGACAGGCAAACGGAGACCACCACUCUCAAUGUGCUAUAUGAGCCCCAAGUUUCGAUUGAAGGCUUUGAUGGGAAUUGGUAUGUGAAGCGCGCCGAAGUGAAACUGACCUGCAAAGCAGAUGCUAACCCUCCUCCUUCUUCAUUCCACUGGAGGAUGGCAAAUGGUUCACUUCCUGACAGUGCUGAGGUGAAGAACAGCACUCUAUAUUUCCGAGGCCCAGUAACGUACAGCCUCUCAGGAAUCUACAUCUGCGAAGCAAGAAAUACUAUCGGUAGUCAUACUGGCCAGGUGGAAGUUAAUGUGACAGAAUUCCCUUUCACCCCAACUCCUACACCGGGUCAGAAACGGAGCGAGUCAUCCAUGUUAUCAACGGCAAUCAUUGGCGGUGCAGUGGGUGGAGUCCUGCUUGUCCUGGCAGUAUCGAUAUUCCUGUUUGUGGUCCUAAGGCGAAGGCAUCAUACCUUCAAAGGAGACUACAACACUAAGAAACAUAUAUAUGGAAAUGGGUACAGCAAAGCUGGAGUGGCACAGCAUCCACCUAUGGCUCAGAGCCUUCAGUACCCAGAUGACUCCGAUGAUGAAAAGAAGCCCGGCCCAGUGGGCAGCAGCUAUGAGGAGGAGGAGGAGGAAGAAGAUGGGCGCAAGUUGGGUCCAAAGUAUGAUGAUGAAUCUAAGCGCCCCUACUUUACUGUGGAAGAGGGAGAAAGGCGUGGUUAUAGCGAGGACAGAACUCUAGGGUACCAGUAUGAGCCAGAAGAUCUGCCAGACAGUCUGGUCCCCCAAAAUGAUGGUUCCUUCAUUUCCAAGAAGGAAUGGUACGUGUGAGAGGUGUAUGCCAAAAAACAAGGACGUGUUGCUGGAUGCAUACAUAUGUCUCAUCCCAUCUGCAGGUUAAAAGCCAGAGACUGGUGGUUAAAGAGUUGAUUACAGGAUCAGUGCUUUGUCUUGUUUCUUGAUAUAUGUAUAUAUAAAUAUAAUCUAUCUUUUUUAUGCCUCAGAACUGCAAGGUCAUUGUGACCUAUAAGUAAUGCAGAUACCUGAAUGCCCAACAUCCACAUUGAUACAGUGUACAACAUGUUACAUUAAGGUCCAAGUAAUGUAGAUUUUUGUAUGCACAAUGAUAUUGUAAUUGGUUGAGGUGCAUUAGUAUAUGACAUAGGAUAUACAGGUAUAUAGCAUUUACACUAUUACACAAGCAAAUUCUCAUGCACAUACAAAGCAGCUUUCCUCAUAGAACAAUGAAACUGGCAAAAUUACAUUUUUACAGCACACCUCCAAUGAGACACAAUGUUCACAUUCUACUGAUGUGUAAGAAAUACAGCAACAUUUUGACAAAAAAUGGAUGGCAGUCAUACUGACUCACAUAAACUACAUUCCCAAAAUACAUUUUCCAUCACACUAUUUCUUUGACACAACAAAACACAA